AAGAGGAAGCGUGUGAAGCGUGCGUGUUUGCACGGUGCUGUAAGUGCACGAAAGAUUUUCAGGCGGAUUUCAUGGCUGAUACCAUCACUAACUGCGGAAAUGGUCCGUUAUGUGGAAAUUGAUUAUAUUUUCAAACAUCCAUUUGAGGCAGUUAGUCGUGCAUACUUUCAAAAGUAUACUUGUGGUAAAGAUACCAAUGUCACCUCUGUAACAGUACUGGAACAUAGAACAGACCCAGAAACUGGGGAGGAGUAUCUGUUAAGAAGAGGAGAAUGUGUGAAUGUUUUACCAGGUCUGCUUAAAAAGCUGUGUCCUUUCUCAGCCAUUGAGGUAGAGGAAGAAGCAUGGCUGAACAGAAAAGACAGAUGUCUUCGUCUUCACAGUUAUAACCUGACAUGGUCCAAAUAUGCCUCCCUGGAAGAGUUCAGCACUUACAGAGCUUGCGGCAACAAUCCAGACUGGACAAAAUUUGAACAGCAUGGUUCUAUCAAUGUUUAUGGUGUUGGCUCGUUGAUUGGUGGAAUGAUGGAAGCUUUUGGACAGACGUUUCUUCAACGUGGAGCUAAAAAGGGCUUCCACAUUAUGGAAGAUCUCAUAAUGACUAUGAGCGGAAUAUACACUGAAGCAUAAAAGAAUCAGCCUCAAACAAAAUGCUUUCCCACUCAAGCUCUGCUCGUCUGUCGUGCUUGCCAUUUGCUCACUCAAUAAGUACUUCUCUCAUCGAUUGAAAGAUUCUUUUUCAACGUUAUGGACUAUACAUUUUCUUGUAUAUGAGCAAAAUUCAACUGCCACACCCGGCUUAAAUACACGAAAACAAACGUGCAGAAUGUAGAGAGAUGUUGAGGAAGAUUCUUUAACAAAUCCAAUAACACUACAACAGAAGGGAUGAAAUGUCUGUUGCUUGAAAAGCCUUAAUUUACGUCCUUUCUGAGAAAAUAAAAUGUAACACAUGCAUAACAAGAAGAUAAUAAAAAGAAAUAUUUUGCUUGGCCAUA